GUCAUAAGAGUUUUGGAACAGUGGGAGCCUCUCAAACUGUUAUUUUGUGAACCAGACAGUAAACUUACUGCUGCCACUUCUCAGUUUGAGAGCAUCAAGCCACUGAUGCAAAAUCCUUUAAUAAAACUCUACUGUCUGUUUCUUGGAAACACUGUUCCUGUUUUCAAUGCUGUUAAUGUUUUUUUUACAACAAGAGGCUCCUGCCAUUCACAUCCAAAGACAUAAAUUGCAAGGUCUUCUUAUAGAUUUACUGGUCAGAUUUGUUAAGCCAUCAGCUUUGCUAUUAGGCUCCACAUCAAUCACUGAUGUUAACUUUAAGAAGAGGAAAUUCCAGAAAGAUGAUACCGAUUUAGUUAUUGGCGCCAAAUGUAGAGCAGAAUUAAAAGCUUCAACAAGCCAGUCUGAUAGCCAGACAUUUUAUUCUUCUGUGCGGGCCUUUUAUGUUUCAUCAAGUAGUUACAUUUUGGACUUUCUGCAGCAUGUUGAAGUGUUUGAUAUUUCAUUGAGAACAACUGCAUCUUAUUCCUCUGUACUGUAUUUUGUCGAGAGAUUUCCAAGACUUAUAAAUGUUUCAGAAUUGGAUAUUCUGGAACAAGAAUUUGUUGAGUAUCAAUGUGAUAGUUUCUCAAGUGAUACCCUAAAGGAAAAAAGAAUGGAUGUUGUCUGGUACAAAAUAUCAAAUAUUAAAAAUGAAAGUGGCCAACCAAAGUACAAAACUCUCCCUAAAAUUAUGUUAGUCCUGUUGACAGUCACACACAGCAACGCAUCAACAAAAAGAAUAUUCAGCAAUGCACGCCGCAAUCAAACUGAAUAUAGAGCGUCUCUAUCAACUUCUACUUUAGGCGCUCUGAUGGUAGAGAAAGUGAAAAGUAAAUCGUACAGUGAGGUGUGUUACAAAAAAAAUUCACCAACAAGGAACUCGAAGAAGCUAAACAUGCUACUGGGAACUUCCUUACCAGUUGCAGUGAUAUGUAGAAAGAACUGGCGCAUGAAGUGGAAGAGAAGCAGGAGCAAGAAGGUGAAGGAGAGCAAGGACACCACCACAGUUAAGUUCAAAUACAAAAUAAAGAAAAAUUUACAUGCAGAAAAAAAACUUAAUUCAUGAAUAUGUUAACACUUAAUUAAGUACCUC